AACAAUACUUCUAAACCAUCGUUUGAAUAUUUCCUUCUGUUCUUUUAAGGCACAUUACCUGGUAUCCUACUUGUCAACUUUUCUUGUCAAGAAAUGGCCAUUAUCCGGUUUCCUUCGUUUAGCAGCAAAACCAAAAACUUCAGCAAAUUGCAAGGACUAUGCAACCGAAACAAGUUAGAUGUACCGAAAGGUUAUUUGGCGGUCUAUGUUGGAGAAAUUCAGAAGACUCGAUUUGUGGUUCCGUUAUCAUUUCUUGAACAUCCUCUAUUUCAAGAUUUGCUACGCCGGUCUGAAGAGGAGUUCGGGUUUGACCAUCCUAUGGGGGGUCUAACAAUUUGUUGCCAAGAAGAUGUCUUCACAGAUCUAAUCUCCAGAUUGCCUGUUCCAUGAUCCAGAUUACUUAGGUUGUUAAUUUUAGUAAACCAUUAGGGAGAGAGCUUUUAAACCAUGUAAAAAUCCCCUGCCAACACUAUUUUUAUGUUACAAGGGGCCGGCUUCAUCAUUUUGAACAAUUAUUUAGUUGUUUAUGAUAUCACAAGUUGUUGAAAGAAUAUACAAUUAUAUAGUUGUUUAUGAUA